UCACAGUCAUUGACAGACGUCGGGCCGGUUUACAGCAGACUGUGCCUGGGAAAAUCUUCGCCCGUGGAUUGGAUUAAGGAUUACGAUCUCAGAUGUUUACCAUCGCAUCGAUACCGCACUACCGUGAUUAACCAUCGGGGGUUCAACAGCGGUGCGCUAGUUGCUCCUGCUGGGCCAGCGAAGUUUCCAGCGCAAUAAAACACGCCAAACACUCAACACUAAUUAGCCCUCUCUCGCUCUGUCGAACAGGGAAAACAGAAACGAGCUCAGAGACACUUGGCAAAACUACGUGCUUGUGCGGCGAAGCUCACCCACCAUCACCCCCGGCGGGUAGUUGGCCACCCGCCCGGAUCCAUGUGUUGUGUUUGGUCGAACCGCGCUCCUUUAAUUACCGCGUUGUGUAUGGCAGUGUGUGACUGUGCCGAAAUCGACAUUGAAACCAGUAACUUUUCGGCGUGCACAGUUGCAUUUUUGGAAGUGAACUUUUGAUUAGCAGUGUGUUGGGUGGUUUCUCCGGAACAGACUUGUAUGUCGAAGUCACACCACUUCACAGUGUACACUAACGGUAUGCGGUAUUGGAUGUUGAAGUGCUAUAUCGUUGUUGAAUGAGCAGAUUAAAAAACAUGUUGUCACGCAUACCCUUAGUGAAACCUUACUCCGCGCGACAUUGACUCUGCACUACUGCUGGUAGGGAACAGCUGUAACUAAAUGCCGAAAUAUACAGCAAGUGAAUUAAAACAGUGCUCAACCUAGCGUCGCCCCCGGUCCAGCACGGCUGGCUCCUUCAGUUCAUUCCAGAUAGCAUCGAAGCACGUCCCAGACCUUACGUGGCGCUGUAACCGAGAACGUAGUGUGACACCUUCCCACACCUGGAUCCUCCCACCACCGCCACACGAAAGUAGAGCACUAUCCGGGAUAGAAAGCAGUAAAUGAGCUGAAGUUCGCACUACUUCUAGUAACCCGUAACUGCCGUCUCUUGUAGAGGAGCUGCGAACAAAUUUUAGCAUUCCGAAAAUGAUCUUCGGUGAUUUAGUAUUCUGCGUGCAUUUUGUGGUUCUGUUUCAAAGCUGCUGCACCGUCGUGGCAGUUUCGGGUAGAACUCCAUCAACGCUAACGGCAGCAACAACAACUACGGCCACAACCACCGCCGCUGCUGCCAAAAGUGGUAACGGCACCGCCCAGCUCAUCAAGGCCGCUAAGCCAAACUCACCGAACUCGAAGCCGGUUAGGAGGGGUCCCGCGUCGGCGAAGCAGAAGUUCGACCUACCGGCGGAACUCGGACAAUACUGCGCUGCAGUGGAGGACUGCCGCCAAUAUGCCUACACGUGCGACAGUCAGAAGCACAGCUGCGACUGUGCUGAGGGAUACCAAGCGGACGAGGAAGGAAAAAGCUGCGUGGGAGCCAUCGGUAAGCGCUGCAACUACGACAUCCACUGCAUCCCAAAUGCCUACUGCAAGGGACAAAUGAUCUGUACGUGCAAGAGGGAAUUCGCCUAUCUCGCACCGGAUAACUGGUCAUGUCAAGCGUCAGCAGCAACUUCAUUACAUCGCAGGAAAUCUACGGCGACGACGAUGGUCAUGCUCCUUGCAACCGCCCUUAGCCUAAGCGGGUGGAGCAUUCAUUAUUCCACUUCCACUCGUUAGCAGCUGGCAGUUGAAGAUGAAUUUAUUUACAGUUUGAUUGGAUUAAAAAUAAGCAGCAGUUACGAAUCGGGUAGAAAAAAAAACGGCAACGCAAAUGGAACGACCCCUCCGGAAAUAUUGUGCCGUCGCCAGCUUCUCCAAAUACCACACUUCUAGCUUUUCAACCAAGUCUUCGUGCCUCGCCAGUGGAAUGCGAGGAAGAGUGCAGUUUUGUAAAGAGAAAUUCCAAACAGCGAUUGUGCACUGCCUUGUCUUCUCGCUGCGAACCGUCAUUGCAUUGUAGCCUUGAUACCCUUCUGGGUUCUGGUGAAUGCAGUUUACGAUACACGAAUCGGACCCCAUUGCAACAGUACCGACAAGUGCAGUCGGUUCGGUACCCCAUAGUACGGUUCCAGUCAAGUCAGCAUGAGCCACUGCAAUCAUACAUUACGUAUUUGGUGCAAGCCGUUUUUCUUACUCACGCGGGGACCCAGCUGCCGAAAUUUGCGAAGAUUGGUUGCGGACACGAACGAAAAUGUUUGGCCCAGUUUGAUUAGUUUUUGUUAUAAAUGAGUUAUCGUAAGUGUUUCAGAUUCAGUAGAUUUGUUUCCAUCAUGUAAUAAAAUUCGAACAGAAACGCAUUUUA